AUGUUUUCCAAGGCUGUCCUCGCUUCCACCCUUAUUGCCGCAGUUUCGGCUCACCAGAACUUUCAUCAAUUAUGGAUCAAUGAUGAGACUCCUGGAUAUCAGGCUGGCAUCCGUAUGCCCCCUUCCAACAGCCCCGUGGUGGAUGUAACGAGCGAAGAUAUUGCCUGCAAUGUCGGAGGAAGCAAAGUACCUUCCGGAGUCGAUACGAUUGCCGCGAACGAAGGUGACACAGUCAAAGUGCAGUGGGAUCAGUCUGGCCACCCCGGUCCAAUCACCCAUAUGCUUUUCGGGCCUGUCGAUGAUGCCAGCGCGACCACUGGCGUUGGCUCAUGGUUCAAGAUUGACGAAUUGAACUAUGCCGAUGGGAAGUGGGCAAACGAGAUCAUGGGCGCCGAUAACAUGACACACGAAUUCAAGCUCCCCGCUGGCCUCGCCAGUGGCGAAUACCUCCUCCGCUCUGAGAUGCUCGCCCUCCACAGCGCUCAAACAGUCGGUGGUGCCCAGUUUUACAUUGGAUGCGCCCAGCUUAAGAUCACUGGUACUGGCUCUGCCGGGUCUUGCGGUCCAAGCAUCGAGCUCCCAGGCGCAUACAAAGCCGAAGAUGAGAACAUCUAUAUCCCCGACGUAUACAACGGCUUCGAUCCCACCACGUACAGUGCCCCUGGUGGCCCCGUUGCUACGUGCGAUGGUGCUGGUGCUGGCACUGCUCCAGUCUCCGGUAGCUCGCCCGCAUCUUCGUCUGUUGUCCCUUCGAACAACACAUUGGCCGUCCCAUCGACAUUUGCAUCCGUUCCCGCUUCAACUGUCCCUGCCAUUCCUGUGUCUUCUACCUUAGUCGCAUCGAUCUCCCAAGGAGCCAACGCUUCAUCAGCUGUCUCUGCUCCAACCACACUCGCCACGUCUAUUGCGUCCUCCAUCUCCAGCAACUCCACUGCCGUAGCUGCACCCACCGGAUCCGCGGGGAACGGCAGCAUUGCGAACAAGUAUCACCAAUGUGGUGGCAAAAGCUGGACUGGCGCAACAUCUUGCGAAACUGGCUCUACCUGCAAAGUGCAGAACGACUAUUAUUCGCAGUGUGUUUGA